AUGUUAAGCAGAGCUCAUCAUCAUCUACUUCACUUUAGCAUGUUUUUCAGAAGCAUAACAGACCUAAGAGGCCGUAUGGUACCAGAAGUUGUAAACACACUAUCUAAAUCCGUGGCUGAUGAGCGUGAAGUGUUAACCGUGGAUGUGAAGAAGCAAGUUGAAUGGAUUGAAAAAGAGCUGAGCUCAAUGCAGGGAUUGUUAGAACAUCUUCAACAGCAGAGAUACAACAAUCAGGAACAAGCCUUGAAUGACUGGGAAGAAAAGUUGAAUACCAUUGCCCGUGAUGCAAAGGAUCUCAUAGAAACCUUCCGGAUGAAAACAGUGAACAUGAGGAGAUGGGGAUUUUUGUAUUGGAAGGACAAAUACAAGGUUAGAAAAGAGGUGCUGCAGAUUCGCGCGAGGUUGAUAGACAUCUCUCAGACUGGAAUAAACUUAAACACCGGGGAUGUCAGGAUCCCCGUUGAAACAACUCCACCAGGAGAAGAUGCAUCUUCAUCUGCCAUCUCAGGAGUAGUGGUCACAGCAAUACAGAAACUUGACCAUAUUCUGAGUCAAACUCAAGUUACCGGUGAUGAGGUGAUCGAAAUGGUGGAACAAGUAAAAGGCGAACUCUCUUACCUGCAAAAUAUUGGGUAUAAUUUGAAGUUAAUAAAUGAAAGAGAAAAUUUGUGGUUGAAAGAGGUGAAGAAGGUUUGUAACGAUACAGAACGUAUUGCACAGAAUUUCAUCGUUACCAAGGAAAGAUGGUCUAAAAUAGACAAGCUUGAGAAGUUACUUUUUCGUGGAAAUAAUUAUGCUUCUGAAGAAGAAUUUAAGAAGAAGAUGACAUAUAUUAGGACACAAAUUGGAGAUGCAUUUCGGAGAAAUUUGACUUACGAAGUCGGGGAGCAAUUAGAUAAACAUACAACGCCAAUUACAACACCCUUACCAGAGUUGUCACCAGAGAGUUUGUUAAGAAGUGUUCUCUUUUCUAAUGUCGUAUUUCCGAUGGAAUUGCUUGUGAAGUUGUGGUGGUACGUGGACAAGAAUUUGGAGAGCGUGCAAAGAGAUUUAGAUCUAAUGCUUGCCUUUCUUAGGGAUACUGCUGCUGAAAGUGAACAAGGCCUGAAUCUGAAUGAAAGACAAAGAGUAUGGCUAUGUCAAUUAAAACUUAUGGCUCAAAAUGCCCACUCCCUUGUUGAUGCAUAUGCAAAGGCUGGGUUUCUUUGGGGUUUUGUCAGAAGAUUUCAGUAUGCCAAGGGCAUCAACUACAUGUUGAAGGAGAUUCUUAGUAUCUCACAGAAAAAGAACAUUUACGGCGUAGCAAAUAUUCUAGGAACACAGCAAGAGCUUGCUCGGGCUACAACUUCUAGCCCAAGCAUACAAGAAAAUCUUGUUGAACCUCGGCCAGUUCCAGCUACUGCCUCGUAUCUUCAUUUGACAGGGCUGAAAGGGAAAGUCCAAUCAAUGAGAGAAGAAGUGGAAUUGAUGGAUGCGCUGGCUUGGGAUGUACAAAAUAUGGGGGGAGAAUUAGACAGAAGAUCUAGAAUCUGGGUGGACCAAAUGAAAGGCAUUGCUACUGAAGCUAGAUCUAUCAUCGACGAGUAUGACACUAAAUUGAAGCAUAAGUCAUUAGUUCCCAUGAUAUUUGACAAGAACCUGACCUGGCAUUUUCUCCAUGACAAGAUAGACAAUAUCAGGAAAAAAAUUGACGAUACAUGGAGAAGAAGAAAGACAUACGAUUUGGUGCAUAUUCAAAGUCGAGCCGUGUCAUCAGCGACAGUUCAAAUAUUACAUGGAAGGACGCAACCGCGUGUAUUUGUAGCUGCAGAAAAAGAAUCCUGCAUCCUUGGAUUUGAUGAAGACGCACAAGUUCUGAUAGCUCAGUUAUUGUCGGGUGAGAAACGUCACUGCAUUACUUGGAUUGUUGGAAUUGGAGGCACGGGCAAAACAACAUUAGCCAAUAUGAUAUGGGAAGACAAGGCUGUUGUGGAUCAUUUUGACUGUCAAAUAUGGGUGUCGGUACCUUCAACAUCAAGCUCAAAUUCAAAUUAUACAGCACAACAGCUUCUUGAAGAAAUUGCCAAGGAGUCUGCAAAGCAAACUGAGGGAACCUUGUCAAGUGAUCUUGUGCUCGAAGCCUUGGCGCACAAAAGGUAUCUAAUAGUUGUUGAUGGCAUAGAAGAAACUAAUUCCGAAGUGUACCUGUUGAAUACCGUGAAAGAGGCCAUACCCGAUAUGUUAACGAGCAGCAGACUUCUUCUUACCACUCGCAACACAAAUGUAGCCCAACAUACUGCUGGUACUAUAACCUUUGUUCACCCACUACAGUUAUUAGAUGAUGAAAGUAGUUGGUUGCUAUUUAGGAGACAUUUGAAGAUGGACACUAUUCCCCGAGAACUCGAGACGGUUGGAAAAAAAUUUGUGGCAAAAUGCGGGGGUCUUCCAUCUCAAAUAGUAAAAAUGAGUGAUUUGCUUUCACAUGAAGAAGACACCACACGUACACGUGAAGAGUGGUUAUGCGUAUUUAAACAAAUUCAAGAUCAAAUACAGAGUUGGUCUGAAGCACCAAUCAAUACAGACUUACCUUUGUAUCUAAGGAGAUGUUUAUCUUACUUUAUCCUAUUCCCCGAUGAAUUUGAGAUUCCUGUUAGAAGACUAGUUAUUUUGUGGGUUGCAGAGAAUCUGGCUCAUCAUUCAGAAGAAGACGAUGUUCCCCCGGAGCUAGUUGCAGAAAGGUACUUGACAGAAUUGAUAGAUCGGAACAUGGUUCAAGUUGCAGCAAGAAAGCGUAACGGCAAGGUCAAGACAUGUCGUCUCCCCAAUGCUUUGAGACAACUCUGGUUGACAGACUCCGGGUCUCUACAAGGCCGCCGAACUACCACAGAUAUGAAUGCAGACCCAAGAAACUCCAUUAUUCAUCGGGUGGCAGAUCAUCUAAAUAGUGAAGAUGUCUGGCACGAUCAUAUUCAUGGUAACACAAGUCUUAAGUCAUCUUCCCUGGGAACCUACUACAAGGAUGUUCUCUCCUUUAUGUCCUUCGAUUCUCAAGAAGGAAGUAAACCUGGGCAGCAAAUUGGUAACUUUCUCAAGGGGUGUAUUUCAAGCGAUUGCUUCUUACUCCUUCGGGUACUUGAUCUUGAACGCGUUUACAAGCCCAAGUUGCCUAAACGCAUAGCAAGACUUACUCGGCUAAGGUAUCUUGGCUUGAGAUGGACCUACUUAGAGUCACUUCCAUCAUCUAUAAGCAAUUUGUUGAAGCUGCAGACACUUGAUCUCAAACAUACUUACAUACAUACUCUACCUACCUCCAUUUGGAAGAUGGAACUCAGACACCUGUUCUUGAGUGAGACUUACCGCACCAGGUUUCCACCUCAACCUAAAGAUAAUUCACUAUCUGACCUCCAAACUUUGUCAGGACUGUUUGUAGACGAGGAGACUUCAGUCCAGGGUGGCUUGGACAAUUUGGUCAACAUCAAAAAAUUGGGAUUAGCAUGCCAAUCAAUGUCAUUACAGGAAGGGGCAAUGAAAAAACAACUUGAAGCAGUGGCUGAUUGGAUCACAAAACUGGAACACCUUCAAUCACUGAGACUAAAAUCAAGGGAUGAACAAGGGAAGCCUUGGGUUUUACAUUUGAACUCUUUUGUAAAUCAUACAAAUCUCACUGACAUAUAUUUGCUGGGAAGCUUGAACAGUUCAAAUGUUCUGUCCCAGUUUCCACUUAGCCUCAUUGAACUCACCCUAUCACACUCAAAACUAAAGGAGGAUCCCAUGACGCCUUUGAAAGAUUUUCCAAAUCUUCAAACACUGUGUUUACUCGCAGAGUCAUAUGUAGGAACAACUAUGGUUUGCGAAUCUCAAAGCUUUCCUCAGCUUCGGGUAUUAAAAUUGUGGGUGCUAGAGCAAUUAGAUGAAUGGAUUAUAGAGCCAGGAGCACUCCCGUGUCUCAGACAGCUGGAAGUCAGAUCAUGUCCGCGCCUGAAAAUGCUUCCUGAUGGACUAAAACAUGUCAACACUCUACUUGAGUUGAAGUUAACAAACAUGCCAAAGGAAAUCAACGCUGGCAUGCAUAACAUCCCACCUAAUUGCCAAAUCGUCUAA